CUAACAAUUUCAUAAAGUUGUAGUUUAGUUCCUAGUGCGUGCGACCCGGUACAACUGGUAAAAUGGUGGUUCGCGAGUACAACGAGGAGCUUAAGUAUAUCGAGCGAAUUUCGCCGAACAGCUUCCUCAUCAAAAAGGGAUUCCAACCGAACAUGAAUGUGGAAGGAAUCUUCUACGCCAACAGCAAGCUCGAGAGGUUAAUGUUUGACGAAUUGCGAAAUUCCUGUCGCCCUGGCAUGACGGGUGGAUUCCUGCCGGGUGUGAAACAGAUUGCCAAUGUGGCGGCUUUGCCCGGUAUCGUUGGCCGAUCGGUUGGCCUCCCGGACAUCCACUCGGGGUACGGUUUUGCGAUCGGAAAUAUGGCCGCGUUCGAUAUGGGUGAUCCGACGUCGAUCGUAUCGCCGGGAGGUGUCGGUUUCGAUAUCAACUGCGGCGUGAGAUUGCUGCGCACGAAUCUGUUCGAAAAAGACGUGAAGCCAGUUCAAGAACUGUUGGCCCAAAGCUUGUUCGACCAUAUUCCCGUCGGUGUGGGAUCGAAGGGAAUCAUUCCGAUGAACGCACACGAUCUGGAGGAAGCACUGGAGAUGGGCAUGGAUUGGUCGCUGCGAGAGGGAUAUGUUUGGGCGGAAGAUAAGGAACAUUGCGAGGAGUAUGGAAGGAUGUUGAAUGCUGACCCCAGUAAAGUGAGCAUGCGGGCUAAGAAGCGAGGUUUGCCUCAGCUGGGAACGUUGGGAGCAGGAAAUCAUUACGCUGAAAUUCAGGUGGUGGAAGAGAUUUAUGACAAGUUUGCUGCCAGCAAGAUGGGAAUCGAAGAGCUGGGACAGAUUUGUGUGAUGAUUCAUUCGGGAAGUCGUGGUUUUGGCCAUCAGGUAGCUACCGAUGCUCUGGUUGAGAUGGAGAAGGCUAUGAAGAGAGACAAGAUUGAAACAAACGAUCGGCAGCUAGCUUGUGCUCGAAUCAAUUCGGUGGAAGGACAAAACUACCUCAAAGCCAUGGCUGCGGCGGCCAAUUUUGCAUGGGUGAAUCGUAGUUCCAUGACAUUCCUCACCCGCCAGGCAUUUGCCAAACAGUUCAACACCACUCCUGAUGAUUUGGACAUGCAUGUCAUUUAUGAUGUUUCGCAUAACGUUGCCAAAAUGGAAGAACACAUGGUGGAUGGUCGUCCUAAGCAACUGUUGGUUCAUCGCAAGGGUUCGACUCGUGCUUUCCCGCCGCACCAUCCGCUGAUUCCGGUUGAUUAUCAACUCACGGGUCAACCCGUUUUGAUCGGUGGUUCAAUGGGUACGUGCAGUUUUGUUCUGACCGGUACGGAAAAGGGUAUGGCCGCCACCUUCGGUUCGACAUGUCACGGAGCUGGUCGUAGCUUAUCUCGGGCCAAGUCCCGCCGUAAUUUGGACUACAAGGACGUUCUAAGGGACUUGGAAGCAAAGGGAAUCGCCAUUCGUGUUGCUUCGCCAAAGUUGGUCCAGGAAGAGGCACCGGAUUCGUACAAGGAUGUAAGGGACGUAGUGCAGACUUGCCACGACGUCGGGAUCAGUGCCAAGUGUAUCAAACUGAGGCCGAUUGCCGUUAUCAAGGGUUAAGGAAUUUUGAAGAGUCUCAAUUG